UGAAAGAACACAGUUCAGGCGUCGUCACGCCACUGCGCCGCCGCCGCUCACGCGCAGCACUGCGGAUACUGUACGCCGACACGGUGGUGAAUUUCGGUCCGUCUCAGAGCAGUGCUGCGGUCAUCAUGGCUCUCUUCCACUAUGUCACCCAAGAGCAACUCUCAGGUUUUGAUAAAUAUAAGUACAGUGCGGUUGACUCCAACCCCCUCUCUAUCUACGUCAUGCACCCUUUCUGGAACUCAGUAGUGAAGAUCUUGCCCACAUGGCUUGCCCCAAACCUCAUCACAUUUACAGGAUUCAUGUUCCUGGUACUAACCUUCACCUUGCUGUCCUUUUUCGACUUUGACUUUUAUGCCUCAGGGAAAGGCCAUACACAUGUGCCAAGCUGGGUGUGGAUAGCUGCUGGUUUGUUCAAUUUUCUGGCCUAUACCUUAGAUGGUGUGGAUGGCAAACAGGCUCGGAGAACAAACUCCAGCACUCCGCUGGGUGAGCUGUUUGACCACGGCCUGGACAGCUGGGCAUGUGUGUUCUUCGUCGCUACAGUGUACUCUGUGUUCGGACGCGGAGAGUCUGGUGUCAGCGUGGUGACGCUGUAUUAUCUGUUAUGGGUCGUGCUGUUUUCCUUCAUACUGUCUCACUGGGAGAAGUACAACACUGGGAUUUUGUUCCUGCCCUGGGGCUACGACAUUAGUCAAGUGACUAUCUCUGUCGUGUACAUAGUAACAGCGGUGGUUGGUGUGGAAACAUGGUACAAGCCUGUCAUUGGGAAUGUUCAUUACAGAAAUCUCUUCACUGUUCUGAUUGUUGGUUGUUUAUUUGUUGUCACACUACCAAUGAGCCUCUACAAUGUCUUUAAGGCGUACCGUAAUAACACCCUGAAGCACAGCUCAGUGUAUGAGGCCUUGUUACCGUUUUUCUCUCCCGUCCUCCUGUUUGUGCUGUCUACACUGUGGAUCAGUCUCUCUCCUACAGACAUAAUCGAGAAGCAACCCAGAAUCUUUUAUCUCAUGGUGGGAACAGCCUUCUCCAAUGUUACUUGCAAGCUCAUUGUGUGCCAGAUGAGUAAUACUCGAUGCAAGCCACUGAGUUUGUUGUUGUUGCCGAUGACAGCUGUGGUGUUGCUAGUGAUAACUGGGACUUUGCAGGAUGGAGAAAUUACUGUCCUUUACAUAUGGACCGCCAUAGUCCUCCUCACUCACAUACACUAUGGAGUAUCAGUUGUGAAGCAGCUGAGUGAUCAUUUCAACAUAUACGCUUUCUCACUAAAGAAACCCAAUUCAGAUUGACAAGACGAGGAGAAAAUCGGCCUGAAGGCUGCUGAGGUUUAAGCUAUCUCUGCAUGCUCUUCAGCUAGCCGACUCUCACCAAUCACCAAGGAGACACUGCUAACAACAGAAAACCAAAUUGUACUGACCAAAUGCGCCACCUUAUUCUGAGGAUGCUGCUCAAUCAACAAAUAAAUGGAGCUGCACCACAGGGUCCACUGAUUCCUGAGGCAGAGCUGCACCACAGGACCCACUGUCCCCAGAGGUGAAGCUGCACCAUAGGAUAUGUUGGGCUCGGACACACAAUUACACUAUGGGACUCAAUAGCUCAGAAAAACAGGACCCAUUGAGCCCAGGAUCUACAUUGCCUCGACCUUGUAGCUGUGUAUCAGGGCCCAUUCUUCCCAGAAAAAGCUGUAUCGUGUUGCUCACUCCGAGCCGAGACAAUUUGGUUGCUUGGUAUCCUUGAAGCUGGGGUUUUUGCUUGUUUCCUAAGGAAAUGUGCUUUUCAGCAGAGAUACUAGGAGCCUUGAAUGGUUAAUCUCACUUACACGCUCUCAGAUAAGUCACGCGCAAACCACAUGAUGAUGAUUACACACAUAUGAUGAUGUGAUGAAUGUCUUAAGCCUAUUCGAUUUGAAGAUUUUAUUUACAUUUAAUUUUGGCCUCAACUGCUCAAUUUGGGGAGUUUUCUUUUUUCCAGUAACAGGCAUUAUUAAAUUAUGUUUCUAUAAUGGACAGUAUAAGCCAGCUGUGAAAACGGUCUAAUUUUCAGUUAAUAUCAAACUUGUACAUAUGUAUGAGAGAACGGGGAUGUUAGAUGCUUAUUUAAAUCUAUGGUGCUUUUGUUGAUCUCUACAAUAAUGCAAAAUUGUAAUAAUGACAUGAGACAAAUUUAAACAACCACAUAUAUCUAUCUAUAAUAUCACACCGCUCAAACCACAAUCUCACCUGACCGAUUUGAAUUUGUAUAACUACUUCAACUGGGAUAUUUGUUUGUUUUCGUUUCCUUUUACACUGGUGAUGGUGUGUCCGCGUGCCGAUUUUCAUUUUCUUCUGGUUCUCUUUUUAUUUGCUUCACUAGUCGGCUUUUAUUAAGUUUAUUUGUUCUUGAAUGAAGAGUGCACUUCAAACCCUGAACAGGAGAGGGUGCACUUGGAGUGAGCGAGUCAAACCUCGCUCCGUCUAUAAACAUGAUAAAAGCACUAGUCUGUGUGCCACCGACAUGUCCGUUAAACCUGCAGACUGCAGGUGUCAUGGUCUGCAUCAAGCUCAUUCCAGCAUUUAGUCGGUUUUCUGUUCUUUUGUUUAGUUUACGUAUCUUACUUUCUGUUUGGUGGACUGAGGGCUUAUAUAGGUACCGGUAAUAAGAUUUUUUUUUUUUUUACUUUCAAUGGUUGUCUGAAGUGUAUUGUGUGAGUUGAAUGUACAGUAUGUGUAAAUAUAUGGAUGAGUGAGUGUGUGUGUAUGCGCGCGCAUAUGUACUGUAUGUAUAUAUCUGUGUAUGUUUUAGGCUUAUACACUCACUCUAGAAACCUCAUGCCUCCAUAAUAUAUGUCCUGUUUCUCUGAAAUGAGACCCGGUUAAAUAAUGUUUAAACAUGUACAGUCUAUUCAUGCUGUUAUAACAUUGUAUUGCUGUUCAUCUUGCUUUUAUUAUUUUAUCUUCAUAAUAUAACAGGAUGCAUAUUUCUUAUCCUCCAAAUACCUGUUUCACAUUAAUUGAGAAAUGACAUGGCUAAAAAAUCUACAUACUUUAGCUGCUAGUCCCAAGUAACGUCUGUCUUUGUUAUUACAUCAGUAUCUAAUUACUGUCCAGCAAUAUGUUAUUUGUUAAAAAAUUACGUGAUGACACUCACUUCUAAGGGCACUCCUGCAAAAUUUAGAGCAGAAAGCUUUUAGCCAGAAGAUGGCGCUUUUCUUUUUAUGCAGUAGAACAUAGAGUCUGAUGGUAGUGCCUUUGAGGGUCAAAAUCACUAGGCAAAUAAAAAAAAAAAUGUAGUGCACAGAAUAUCAGAGGCUGCUGCUGUCAAGUGUGGCUGCUUGAUGUGUUUUGUUUGUGUCACUAUUAUCCUCAUCAUUUUUAAAACAAACCACUCUUAAAUGUGACCAUUUUGUUUGCAGGAGGUCUCUUAUCAAGUGCUGUAUAACUGCAUUUGUGUGAUGCUUCGGAGAACAAGCAAAUGUAACUUUUAUUUAAAUUUUUUAUUUUAAAGUGGGGUGAAACCUCUUAAACCUCUGCAUAUUGUAAAACAAAAUCCAUCCAUGUUGUAACAUUAUCUUGUGCUGCCCCAUUAAAUGUAAGUGUAUCCACAGUA